GUUAGCGCCUCCUCUGGUCACUAAAGGCAUCUCAGGACUUGGGAGGGCCGCCGCCGCACCUCAGGCUCUAUCAGUGCUAAAACAUUAUAAUUUCUUGUCAUAUCUUUAUACACAGCGAAAACAAAUGACUGGGGGUUUAUAAAUAUCUCCAUCUGGACAUCAGGUGAAGACGUUGUAGGAGUCUCCUGUUUUCAGGGCGAGGAGAAGGAGGAGGACGGGGCACAGCAACAAGAGACCCCAGCCACAUGAGACGCAUAGCAAGUAUUUACCAAACCACAUGGCCGGGUGUGGAGAAGUGAACCUGUCUGAGAACACCCCAGCUCCUUCCAAGCUUAAAGAAGAUACAGAAGACGACUCUUGCAGCUCCACCACCACCGCCACUGUACCGCCGGAGUGCGCCAUCUGCCUGCAGAGCUGCGUCCACCCUGUCCGUCUCCCCUGCUGCCAUGUCUUCUGUUUUCUGUGCGUGAAAGGCGCCUCCUGGCACAGCAAGCGCUGUGCUCUCUGCCGGCAGGAAAUCCCAGAGGACUUCCUGGAGCGCCCGGACCUGCUCUCCCUCGAGGAACUGAAAGCCGCGGCCGCUGGUUUGAGCCGCGGCGGGAGCGAGUCACGCGGAGACUACACGUGGUACUACGAGGGGCGCAACGGCUGGUGGCAGUACGACGAGCGCACCAGCCGAGAGCUGGAGGAGGCCUUUAUGAAGGGGCGGAAAAGCACCGAGAUGCUGAUUGCAGGGUUCCUAUACGUGGCGGAUUUGGAGAAUAUGGUGCAGUAUCGGCGGAACGAGCAUGGCCGCCGGCGCAAGAUGAAGAGGGAUGUAGUUAAUAUCCCUAAGAAGGGCGUGGCAGGAUUGAGGCUGGACUCUGAGCCUGUCUCCGUCCCCGCUUUACCAGCGGCGGUCUCUGCUACAGGAGAGCGUGUGAGCUCAGCUGACGGCUCCGACUCCGCAGGUCAGUCCCAGCCUUCAUCCUUUGGGAUUUUGGUUCCUCUUCCUCCUGUCAGACCUCAAACGCUCCUCGGACGUCAUCUCGGCAGUCCUCUGUCUCCGUCACCGUCGCCUCUGGAACAGUCUUUCUCUCAGCUGCUAAUCAGCCAGCCAGAGGGCGAAGAGCUGGAAGGCGACGGCGAGCUGCAGACGUACGAGUCUGCAUCGGGGAGCAGCGAGAGUGAAGAGGAGGAGGAGGAAGACAGCGAGAGGAGAGGAGAGCCUGAGGAGCGACUGAGACGCACACAGAGGCCACUAAGGGAGAACCAGCCAACCAGAGUUCCUCCAAGAGGCAUGCCGUCCAGCUCCGGCCUCAGCCUCCGCUCGCGCAGUCCUGAUGGACAGUGCACCGUCACAGAAGUAUAGCCCACCGGAGGGGUCCCCAUUUCAUAAGACUCGUUAUCAGCUCAGCAAAAAAAUGUCUGAAGACGCAAAUCAUCUCAAAGGUCCGAUUAAAAGGAGAAAUACCGCUGCUUUAUUGUGAUAAUGUGCCAAAUAUGAUUUUUUGUGUCUGCCUAUUUUUCUAUGUUAAAAUAAUUAGUGGGUUCAAUUUAGCCUGUCUGCUGAAGCUUUACAACAAUAAAAAUAAUUUGCAGUAGGUAGAUAAAAUUAGAAGGAACAUUUAAAAGGACACAUAUCAUGUGUUAAAGCCUUUUCCAUUCCAGAAAUAUAAGCGGCAAGAAAAGGACUGUUUUCUUACAGAUAUAAAACAACCUGGUUCUAUUACAGGUGGACGCUUCAACAGUUCCUGGACAGAUGCUGGAACUCUGAUGUAUCCAACCCCAGUUCUGUGCUGGUGACAGCAAAAAUAUAUGGUUUUAAUUCCUUUAAAAUUGAAUCUUCAGGCCCCUUAAAUAGUUAGAUGCAUUAAAUCUAUUCAAUCUUCUCUUCAUACAGCCUCUUUCCUUGUUGUGUCCUUCCUUUCUUCUCUCUUUCUGCUUCUCUCUGUUUGCCCCUCCAUCCUACAUUUUUCUUCUUUCUUUAUAUCUUCCCUUGCUUUAUUGUAAUUGCUAAAUAAUCCACUAAUAACUCACAGGAGUUCCAGCACAUAUUUAUGAUCUGUGGAGCCCCCCCCCGUGGCUGUUCAAACCAUGCCUUUUCUCCCAAAUCGUUUCAGCUCAGUGAUUUUUUUUAAACAUUUUUUUGGGCUGAUAACUUUAAUCAUUUUUUUUUGUUUUCAAUUUCUGGGCGAUGAAGUGAAAAUUAAGCUAAAAUGUAGCAACUUGCAUAAGCACCGCGCGGAUGCUUAACAGCUGUUUUUCUGUCACGUUGCACUUAUUUUUCAUUUUGAAAUGUAGGUACUCAGGAUGUGAUCUGCUGAAACUGAAACAGGAGGUUAUAUAAACGCGACGUGUGCGAGAGCAGAGGGAGGCUGUAUUCCCUCUAUUUUAGUGUCUUGUUUUAAUUAUGGACUGUUGGUGCUGUUGUGAACAGCGCUGGGUGCUGAAAAGCUACUGGCAGAUCCACUGGAAAGUUUUUGUUUCUAUGUUCAGGAGCACACAUUUGGGUUUCUAUUUUUGACUGAGCACUCCUAACAGAGCCACUAUCAAAGUAGCUGCACUGACGUGUUCUUGGACGAGUUCGGCCUGUUUACUCUCUCGCUCGGGUUCUUUCCCUUUUCCUCCUGCUGGUUUUGGUCGUCUUUUCUCAGUUGGACUCUUUUUGUGUGUGUGUGACUACCUUUUUUUUUUUUUUUUCAUUUGUGUUGUGUUUCUCUAGUGAUGUGUUGUGAAGCUAUUAAAGUGUAAUCAAUGACUUAAAAUGA